AACAGUUAAGAGAGUGCAACCAAGCAAAUGUAAGAGAACAAAAGAUGUUAUUAGCAGUAACAUUUUCAUAAACUUAACAACACAUUUAUGUAGUAGAAUGUUUAUAAAAAUGUUGUAGGUAUAAAAACACACUAUGACACUUGAACGGCCAAUGGGGCAAAUGAAACAAAAAGCCGAAAGUUAUCCAGAAUUCAGUGGUAGUUGUUAAUAUACAGUUGGUGAAGAUUGUUGUUGAACGGAAAGCGUUUUCCGAUAAACGUGAGUGAGUGAACGCGCUUUAAAAUACAAUAAUAUUUGAAACAAAAAAGCGGAAGUGUUUUGUUUAAAAAAAAAAUAAAUAAAAGAAUUUUUUUAAUUUUCAUGAAUUAAACUAUUUUUAAAAAAGUGUGAAAAAAUAUUUUUAAAAAAAAAUACAAAUAUGGCAGAAGAAGUACCAGCUAAGGGUAGCAUAUUAGGCAAAUGUCUACCAGCACGUUAUAUUUUGGCCAUUUUGGGUUCAAUUGGUAUGGCCAUUAUUUAUGGCUUGAAAGUAAAUCUUAGUGUUGCUAUGGUUGCCAUGUUAAAUCACACUGCUGUCGGACAUGGUUCUCAUGGUGGAGGUCAUGGUGGAAAUGUCAGCACAACAGUUUCGGAGCAUGAAAUUUGUGAGGCACCAGGCGGUGCCACAAAUGCAACCAAAAGUCAGGAUGGUCCCUUUGCAUGGAGUGAACCUUUGCAGGGUACUUUGCUGAGUUGCUACUUCUGGGGUUACUUGGUUUCACAAAUGCCCAGUGCACGUAUAGCUGAAAAUUUCUCCGCCAAAUGGGUCAUGUGCUUUUCCGUGGCUAUUAAUGUUGUGUGUACUUUAUUGACUCCAGUUAUGACCGAAUUACAUUAUGUUGGUUUGAUUAUAAUGCGUGUGCUGGAGGGUGUUGGUGGUGGUGCCACAUUCCCCGCUAUGCAUUGUAUGAUUGCAGCCUGGUCACCACCCAAUGAAAGAUCUGUAAUGUCCACCAUUAUUUAUGUGGGUACAUCGUUCGGUACGGCUAUUUCCAUACUUUUGGCUGGUGUAUUGUCCGGUAGUUACGGUUGGGAAUCUGUCUUCUAUGUUAUGGGUGGCCUAAGUUGUCUUUGGAUGUUCUUGUGGGUAGUUUUGGUACAAGAUAAUCCCAAUAAACAAAGAUUUAUCAGCAUUGAAGAAAGACAAAUGAUUAACGCAUCCUUGGGUCAAGAAACUGAACAGGCUCCUGUUAAGGAAGAACAUCCACCCGUGCCAUGGAAGAAGGUGUUGACAUCGGUUCCAUUCUGGGCUAUUUUGAUUGCCCAUUGCUGCAGCAACUGGGGCUGGUACAUGUUCCUCAUUGAGAUUCCCUUCUACAUGAAACAAGUGUUGGCCUUUAAUGUCUCCACCAAUGCUGCUCUCAGUGCUUUACCCUAUUUCCCCAUGUUGAUCUUCAGUAUUAUUUUGGGCAAAACUCUUGAUACUCUCAAAGCCAAAAAAAAAAUCACCACCACCAUUGCUCGUAAAACUGCCACUUCCAUAUGCACCAUCAUUCCGGCCAUUUGUCUAUUGAGUUUAUGUUACAUCGGCUGCAAACACACGGCCGCUGUCGUUAUUAUGACCAUUGGCAUCAUAGCUAUGGGUGGUAUGUUCUCCGGCUUCCUCUCCAAUCACAUCGAUAUUGCUCCCAACUAUGCCGGUACUCUGGUGGCCAUAACCAAUACCGCUGCCACUUUGCCUGGUAUUAUUGUGCCCUUGUUUGUGGGUUUCAUUACCAAAGGAAAUCAAAACAUUGGCGCCUGGCGUAUUAUUUUCUUUGUAACCAUAGUCUUGUUCAUUAUCGAAUUCUUGGUAUUUGUCAUCUUUGGCUCGGGCGAAGAACAACCCUGGAACAAAAUGCCCCAAAAAUCGGAUCCAGAACAAGUUCAACAAGAUGAAAAUACCCCCUUAAAAGGCCUAAACAAAACUAGUGCUUCUUAAACUAAAACACACUGCAAGCAACAAAUGUACAACUAAUAUCCUUUUAAGGAUUUAAAAAUUUAUAAUACUUAUAAGUUUAAAUUAACUGUAUAAAUUGUAUAAGUUAUAAUAUUUGUUAAUUUACUUUUAUACAAAAACAUACAAGCUUUAUGUUUAAUUGUUUUUCUCACUGUGUACUUUUAUGAAUGUUUAACUACCUCUGAAUUUAUUUAUAAACAUAUAAAACAUAACUAA